UCGUGGAGCACACAAAUAACGAAGAAGAAACAAAACGACAAAGAAGUCACAAAAGGAACAGAUCAUCAUCCAAAAUGCAGACCUUUUGGAUUUCAUGCAAUGAAACUAAAUAUAGAGAAAAAUAAGCAUAUAAAGGACGGCAGAGUUCAAGGAGAAAUAGUUUGUGAAGGUUGGGCAUAUUUACCAUUAUUAUUGUCUUGGACAAUUCCAGCAAUUUGGAAAAGAGGAUUUUAUAGGAUUCUAAUAGUCAAAUAUCCUAGCGAGGUUUUUGAGAAGAUACAAGUUAUUGUGGAUAACAAUCCUAAAGAUAAACUUAAAUUUAAUAAAACGUGCAACCGUUACGAUAACUGCUUUAUUAUCAAUAGUUUAUCCUUGGGUGACAGUACUUAUCGUCUACUUUACACCCCCGGAGAAAGUGAUUUAAUCAUGUCUGGGAAAGGGUGGUUACAUGUUUGGUUUUCCACGUGUGGUUUUUCAGUGGCAUUUCUCUUGUUAUUUCUAGGCAUCUUUACCGGGUAUAAUACAUUGUGGGUUGAUUUAUUCGGGGAUGCUUAUGAUUUGUCGAGCAUAGGAUGCUAUUGA